AUGGGACAGUCCUCUUCUACUCAACGUGAAUCACCUAACACCGGAAACCCGACACAUCUCACACCCCCUAUUGAACGUCGCUCGCACCCGAGGUAUGAAGACAUGAAUCACAGGCGGGCGGUUGAACACAACGGAGACGGCGGCCAUUCUGCGGGCGAAAUGAGAGCACAUGAUUACAAUGAGGGUAUGACGCCGGAUCAGUCUACCGAGCGGUCAGACUCGUGGCGACAAUACAUGCGAUCUGCUCGACCCAUGCGAAGCAUCGACGAGGACGGCCUCGAGUACGAAAUGCCUUCGCGAGAAAUGCGCAAUGCAGCCUUCGCUCGAAUGACAGCGCGACGACAGUCAACCAUGUCAAGACUUGGCUCUAGACUGCUUCCAAAUUCAGUCAUCCGGGGCCUCCUCAACAGUCAAGAAGAAACUCCCGCCGAAGGGCAUGCACAUCGACAUGGGCUAAUCAAUAGACCCGCUCCACGGACUGAAACUGCCCACACCACCGGUCGAUUUAGUUCCUUUGGAUCUAGAGGAAUCACCAGACGGCGAUCUACCCAGGCAACUUACUUCCCACGCGGAGAGGCUGCUGGAAUCCCAGAUGGACCAACGAAUGUCCCAUAUCGUGAUCCGGCAGAUCAGAUACCUGAGCCCUCGCGAGCUUCCUGGCGCCGCAGUGUUCGACUCAAUCGUAUGCGUCAUUCAAUUUCAUCGCCCAUUUCGCACAUUUUUGGGCAACCGCAUCCGGGUUUGCACCCCCGGGAAAGCGCAUCAAUCCCGGAGCUUCCAUUUGAUGAGAGAGCUAUGGACACCCACAUGGACUUAACUGAGCCACCCCAUGAGCUCGAUUCCGUGGAGCCAGCGAUUCAUCCUGCGGAUUCUCUGCCCAGUCUAGGCACUGGCCCAACGAACCCCAAUCUGAUGCGUCGUCUCCCUGGUAUCAUCAGAGCAAGGUCGUCUAGAGUUUUGCGACGAGAGGAGCAGACCCCCCUUUCCAGAGUUCUUCAACUUGCUGCAGCGGCGAUUGCUGCUCAGCUAUCUGGCACUCCUGGGCCAGCGUUGCCCAACAUCCAAGCGUUGGGAAAUGAUGGAAUAGAUGGGUCUUUGGAGAACUUCAUACAGAGUCUGCAGCAUGCGACUUCCGGUCAGGGUAAUCCCGCAGCACCUGGAGAUGAAUCAAGCAACACCUCAAAUGAGGCGCCUGCGCAGCCAGUCAAUUUCUUACGUGUGUUCCGAUUCGCCAAUUCGGAGCCGCCUGCUAGCCCAGAUAUCCCAGGCCAGAGUACAUCAAGUACAUCAAGUGCAGACGACCGCUCCAAUGACACUAUGGACGUUGAUGACCCCAGAGAGGGCGAGGAGCGGACCGUUACUUUAGUGGUGGUUGGAGUUCGGUCGGUGCCGUCUGCGAAUGGAGGGAACGGGGAACAGCCUUCAGGUCCUGCGCCUGGUCUCGAUGCCCUGCUUGGACUCCCAUUUUUGCCGCCCAACGCCAUCCCCCGGCCUCCAGGGGCUCCUUUGGGCCCGGCGCCUCCAGGCGAUGGACAAUCCAGAUUGCAAAUCCCUCGUCAAUCUGAUCUUCCCGCACCCCGCGCUCCCACCAGUCCUCCGAUUUUCGCGCGCCCCCCACCCCCUGUCGCCGCUAGACGCAUGUCUGAGCCCCAUCCCCCUCUAUUCGAAAGCCCCCCGGGACCCCACCCGCCACCAUCGACGCCCGCGGAACAUGCGGUCUCCACCGGGUCUUCAGGAACCUCCACUCCCAGUCAAAGACCAUCCUCUGCUUCAGCAUUGCCAUAUGAUCUUCCAGAAGGUUUCCAUAGCCACCACAUGCAGCCGACGGUGGAGCCCACCCGGGAGCCUCCUGCAUUCAAUCCCGUCCACCAGCGACGCCGAAGCGAUUCUGAAUUCGCACGCCAUAGGGCACUUGGCUCUGGCUCCCUUCGACGCAAUGGCAUGGUUGAGCCUGAUCAGCCUCCACCCAGUGGGGGAGGCCGCAGUUGGCUGAUCUAUGUCGUUGGGACUAACCUCUCUGCGAACCACCCCGCCUUAACCACCCCAUCUCUUUUCACAGAUAACCCGACAUAUGAGGAUAUGAUCCUCCUGUCAUCACUCCUAGGCCCGGCCAAACCUCCCGUUGCCUCCCAGACUGACAUCAACUCCGCAGGCGGACUGUUCCGUCUUGUGGAAUACGGCGGUUCCUUGGUCGCUGAAGCCGUGGAAGGCCUUGGAUCUCUCCAAAUGCAAGACGGAGAGCGCUGUCUGAUCUGCCUCAGUGACUACGAAGUAGCUGAGGAGGUGAGAGAGCUCAAUAAAUGCAAGCACGUCUUCCACAAGGAGUGCAUUGACCAGUGGCUUACUACUGGACGAAACUCGUGUCCUCUGUGCCGUGGCCAAGGCGUCCACGAAAACGCAGCGCCCGACUCUGCUCCAGGUCCCGCUGUACCUGAUCUAGGCCCGACGGUGGUCUGA